CGCGGGGGCGCAGACCAAUGAGGAGCGGCGGUCUUGGCGCGGCGCGCAGGCGCGCUGGCGCGGGUGGCCGCGGAUUCAUGUGGAGGAGGGACUGUUUAAAGGGGCUGGAACUGGAGGUGUGAAAUGGCUGCGAAGGUGUUUGAAAGCCUUGGGAAGCUUGGCCUGGGGUUGGCUGUUGCAGGUGGAGUGGUCAAUUCUGCUCUUUACAAUGUCGAUGCAGGCCACAGAGCUGUCAUCUUUGACCGGUUCCGUGGGGUCCAGGACACGGUGGUGGGGGAAGGCACUCACUUCCUCAUCCCCUGGGUGCAGAAGCCGAUCAUCUUCGACUGCCGCUCCCGGCCCCGCAACAUCCCGGUGAUCACUGGCAGCAAAGACCUGCAGAACGUGAACAUCACCCUGCGGAUCCUCUUCAGGCCGGUGACCGCCCAGCUGCCGCGCAUCUUCACCAGCAUCGGCGAGGACUACGACGAGCGUGUCCUGCCCUCAAUCACCACUGAGAUCCUCAAGUCUGUGGUGGCUCGCUUUGAUGCUGGAGAAUUGAUCACUCAGAGGGAGCUGGUCUCAAGGCAAGUGAGUGAAGACCUCACGGAGAGGGCAGCGACCUUCGGGCUCAUCCUGGACGAUGUGUCCUUGACACAUCUGACCUUUGGCAAGGAGUUCACAGAGGCAGUGGAAAUGAAGCAAGUGGCCCAGCAAGAAGCAGAGAGAGCCAGAUUCAUUGUGGAAAAGGCUGAGCAGCAGAAGAAAGCAGCUGUCAUCUCUGCUGAGGGAGACUCCAAAGCAGCAGAGCUGAUUGCCAACUCCCUGGCCACGGCGGGCGACGGGCUGAUCGAGCUGCGCAAGCUGGAGGCGGCCGAGGACAUCGCCUACCAGCUCUCCCGCUCCCGCAACAUCACCUACCUGCCCUCUGGACAGUCUGUGCUCCUCCAGCUGCCCCAGUGAGCCAUAGCUAGCCUGCUCACCUCCAACCUACCAGAUCAGCCCUUUCCAAAAAGAAUCAUUGGUUGUUUUGUUUUUUUUU